AUGGGGCACUUCCAGAUCCUACAGACUAUAUUGAUGAUGAUUCCUGGGAUACUGUUUGUCUGUCAUAAUUUAGCACUAAACUUCACUGCAGUGGUACCAGAACACCAUUGCCAGCUCCAGAACAAGACAAGUCCUGAGUCUCUUCUCCUGGGAGAUGGCAGGGAUGAAGACCUGCUGAGAAUAUCCAUUCCCAUGGAUAAGGCUGGGAAGCCAGAGAUGUGCCUCAGAUUCACAGAGCCUCAGUGGCAGCUCCUGAAUCCAAAUGCCACAGAGGAGACAAGACCAGCCACUGAAGACUGCCUGGAUGGAUGGGUCUAUGACAAGAGUAUCUCCCCCUCCUCCAUUAUUACUGAGUGGGAUCUGGUAUGUGAACGGAAGUCAUUGAAAUCAGUUACACAGAUAAUAUUCAUGGGAGGACAGCAAGUAGGAACUGUUUUUUUUGGGAUACUCUCUGACAGGUUUGGGAGGAGAACAAUGCUGCUGUGGUCCUCUCUGAUGGCCACAAUUACUGGCGCCUGUACAGCUCUUAUGCCCACCCUUGCUGGAUUUACCGUAUUCACAUUCUUCACUGGUGCUGGAGUAAUGGGCUUCCUUCUCACUUCAAACUGCCUGACCUUAGAGUGGACGCCUACUGAGAAAAGGAUCUUUGUGAACGCUUGUAAUACAUAUGCCUUCACUAUUGGACAAAUAGUCCUGGCUACAUGGGCCUAUCUGGUCCAAGAAUGGCGCUGGCUGCAGUUUUCCAUUUCCGUCGCAUGUGGGAUCAUUGUUCUCUUCUCCCUGUAUGUGGACAGGACAGCAAACAAAUUGUCCAAUAAGGCCCUCCCAGAAUCCGCUUGUUGGUUAAUCGCUCACAACAAACUCCACAAGGCUGUGAAGACCCUUCAGAAGGUGGCAUGGAUAAAUGGCCAGAAGAAAGAAAGGAGGAAGCUCACUCCAGAAGGCAUAAUGUCCUACAUUCAGGAGGACCUUACAACUGUGAAGCCAACCUCUCAUCUCAGAGACCUUUUCAGGACUCCAGGAAUAUGCAAGAUCACAUUAUCUGUCCUGUUUGGAUGGUUUGCUCGUGGAUUCUCCUUUUAUGGAAUGGUUUUGGACUUGCAGAAGUUUGGGUUCAGCAUUCACUUGGUGCAAGUGCUAUUUGCACUCAUAGAUUUCCCAGCAAGGCUGCUCACAGCCUUUAGCUUGUCCUAUAUGGGACGCCGCUUCACCUUAAUCUUCUGUACAGUUUUCUCUGGAUUGAUGAUCCUUAUUGGCAUAUUUGUGCCUCAAGAUCUGACUGCUCUUAGGAUGACACUCAGUGUACUUGGAAAAGGAGGCUUAGCAGGUGCCAUUUCAAGUGAUUUCCUUUACACAUUGGAACUCUACCCAACUGAAAUCAGGCAGAUGGGAAUGAGUGUUGGUAUUUUUGCUUCCCGCAUUGGCUCCCUAAUGGCUCCUGUUAUUUUCAUUGUUGGCAGCUAUAUUCCUAUUCUGCAGCCCCUGUUGUUUGGAAUACUUCCCAUCCUUUCUGCCUUUGCUAUCUCCUUCCGGAUUGACACCCGUGGUCUCCCACUGCUGGAUACCAUCCAGGAGACAGAGAACAGAAUAAAGAAGGCACAGUCUCUGAAAGGAAAUGUCAGUAAAGAUGUACAAGAGAGACCAGCCUUUCUUCUCCCAGAAAUGUCACCAGCUGAGAGUACAGUUUAA